AUGAUACUACGACCUUCAAAAAGCAUAAUUUCAACACUACUCAGAAGAUGUUAUUCUACAGUUAACGAUAUAAUACUACCUAAAACCAGAAACAUUGGAAUCAUAGCUCAUAUAGAUGCUGGUAAAACCACCACCACGGAACGUAUGAUUUUUUAUAGUGGUAAAACAAAAAGAAUCGGAAAUGUUGAUGAAGGAGAUACAAUAACUGAUUAUUUACCAAGUGAGAAAGAAAGAGGUAUAACAAUUCAACUGGCAGCUAUAACAAUUCCAUGGAAUGAAAAUAAGAUAAAUAUUAUAGAUACACCAGGACAUGCUGAUUUUACAUUUGAAGUUAUAAGAUCUUUGCGAGUAUUAGAUGGUGCAGUUACAAUAUUAGAUGCAGUUGCAGGAGUUGAAGCACAAACCGAAAAAGUAUGGAAACAAUCAAGUAACUUAAAUUUGCCUAGGAUCAUUUAUGUGAAUAAAAUGGAUCGUCCAGGAGCUGGAUUUAGUAGAACAGUCAAAGAAAUUAUUACUAAAUUGGAAAGUAGAGUUGUAUUAUGUAAUUUACCAUAUUUUGAAACAUCGAAGGACCAAGAAUUUCAAUUUAAAGGUGUUAUAGAUGUUAUACAUGGGAAGUUAUUAAAAUGGAAAGAAAACGAUGAUGAAGGGAAAAUCAUUGAAGUUUUAGAUUUUGGCCCAGAGCAAUAUGAAAUGUUUGCCAAUGCUAGAGAAUCAAUGGUUGAAACUUUAGGGGAAUACGACGAAUCGAUUAUUAAUGCAUUUUUAGAAACCGAAGAUUACACUAAAAUAGAUUCUCAAUUAUUAGAUGAAGUUAUUAGAAAAGCUACAAUUGAUAAUUUCAUAACUCCUGUAUUUUGUGGGUCAUCAUUCAGGAAUAUUGGAGUACAACCAUUAAUGGAUGCAGUUGUGAAGUACUUACCAUCUCCAAUACAAUCAGCAAUACCCGAAAUUAAAAGUAAAAAAAAACAAGUACCCAAAAAAAUGGAUUCAAAGGGGUUAAUUUUCAAUAAUGAUCAUAAUUUAACUGUGGGUCUCGCAUUUAAAGUAAUGACCCAUGCAACAAGAGGUCCAAUGGCGUUUGUAAGAGUUUAUAGUGGUAAAUUAUCAGCAUCAUCAAAUGUCGUGAAUACAAGAACUGGUAAAAAACUAUUAAUUAGAAAGUUAUUAAUAAUGCAUGGAGAUGCACCAGAAGAAGUUAAAAGUGUUGGAGCUGGAAAUAUAGCAGUAAUACCAGGGUAUGAUACGGAAUUCCAAACUGGUGAUACUUUGGUGAGUACUGGUAAAAAAUCAGUAGGUUCUUUGGAAAGUACACUAAAAUUAAUGCCGAUAGAUAUACCACCACCUUUGUUUACCUCAUCAAUUGAACCACAUACAGCUGGUGAUGAAGCUCACAUGAAAAAAUGUUUAGACGUGUUGGUACGUGAAGAUCCUUCUUUGAAAGUACAUGUUGAUGAAGAAAUGGGACAAACUGUAUUAAGUGGAAUGGGAGAGUUACAUUUGGAGAUUGUUAGAGAUAGAUUGAUAAAUGAUAUGAAAGCAAAAGCCAACCUAAAAGAAGUUGCAGUUGCUUUUAAGGAAUCAUUUGUAAAACCAGCUACAAAGGUGGAACAAGAAGGGUUGAAAAUUAGUGUUAGUCAUGUUGAAAAUUGUAGAGAUUAUGAAGGUGUUGACGGUGCAAAUAUAUUUGAAGAUGAAAAUAAUGUAAUUAUAUUGGAAGAUUCUGCAGCUUCUGAAUUUGUUAGCACCUCCCUUAAAGAAAGAAGAUGGAAAUGUACCAAUACCAUAGAAGAUUUAAAAGAAGCAAUUAUCAAUGGGUGUUUAACUUCUUUACAAAUGGGUGGUCCCAAUUUAGGAUUAACAAUAAAUUCAACACUUAUAAAAAUCGAAUCUUGGGAUGCUCCUGUGGAUCAAGCAGAAGACUUGAUACCUACAUUAAUGCAUGCUGCUAGACAAUCAAUUCAACAACUCAAAACCACCACCAACUUUGCGGUUUUUGAACCAAUUAUGAAAACUAAAGUAUAUGUAAAUUCAGCUGAUUUAGGUGAGGUUUCUCACGAUUUGACUCAAAGAUGUCAUGCGGUAAUUUUAGCGGUAGAAGAUGAAUCAUUACAGAAUAUUGAAGUUGCAAAUUGGGCUGUUGAAGAAGCUGAAAGAAUUUAUUUACCACCAGAUUAUACACUUUCCUCCACAAAAAAAAGAGAUCUUUCAAAUAAAAAAAUCAUCAUUGCUGAAACUCCACUAAAAGAAAUGAUUGGAUAUUUGUCAAAAUUAAGAGCAUCAACUCAAGGCAGAGCUACUUUUGAUAUGUCUUUUAUUGGAAUGAAAAGAGUUUCUGGUUCAAGAAUUGAUUCAAUAACAAAAAAUUCAUAG